AUGCCCGGCGUGAUGAGCGCUCCACCACCUGUUCCUCCCAAGGAGGCCUCCUACACUCCCAUCACCCAGUCCAAACCUUUCCUCUCCUCGCUCCGCUACCCCAGCAACCGCAAGACUAUCUACGAUCGCAACCUCAACCGCACGAAGACCACGGAGAUCUCGCUUGCCUCAUUCUCAUACCUCUUUAACACGCUCAUAACCUAUCAUCAUGCCAAAUCCGGCUCCGUCAGUGAGAUCGAAUCCCGCCUCAACCGCGCCGGAUAUCCAAUUGGCAUCAAAAUGCUCGACCUUCUGCUAUACCGACAAUCUGCGCGCUCUGCCUCUCGACCAACGCGGAUUCUAGAUCUACUACAAUUCAUUCACGGGAACUUGUGGCGGGCACUGUUCAAUAGAAGCGCGGAUGCUUUGGAGCAGAGUAAUAGCAAGAAGAACGAGUACAUGAUCAUCGACAAUGAGCCGUUGGUCAAUACGUUUAUCAGCAUACCCAAGGAGAUGAGCCAACUGAAUUGCGCGGCAUUCGUGGCGGGAAUCAUUGAAGGGAUGUGCGAUGCGGCGGGAUUCAGUACUGAGGGGGUAACAGCGCAUUGGGCUGGAGAGGGAGAUGAGAUGUGGCCGGGCAAGACGAUCUUCUUGCUGAAGUUCAAGGAGAGCGUGGUGGAGAGGGAGGAGGCAAUCAAGGCUGGAGGAGGAUAG